AUGACCAGCUCUGCCACAUUUCCUCAAGGGGAUUUCACGGACAUAGAUGAUGAUCCACGCGAUGAUGAAAUUCUUAUACCUCCAUCUCUUCUAUCUACAGCCGGAAAUCUCCAUCCAUUUUCUCUUCUUGAUCCUACACUUGGUAGAAAUAUAUUUUAUACUCAUCUCGGUUCAACAAACCAGAGGCCAUUUGUUACACAUCCAAGAGAGGUAAGGGAGAUUCCAAUAGAGGUUAAGGAUGGUAGUCAAUCCACUCCUCAAGGUGGCCACACUCCAAUCGUUAAAGAUGUCACUGGAACUGUUCAUGCCCAAGGUUCGGGUACACAUGGGAGUGUCGUAAUAAUUAAUGAUGAUGAUGACGACGAUACUCCACCUGCUCCGACUCAUACUUUGCCUGACAGUAGUAUAAUACCUAGUGCUCCCAACUUUGAUAACUUACCAGAUAGUGGCAAUGACAUAGAAGAAGCAAUGAUUUGUGCAGCCAUUGAGUCAUCCAAACAGAAGGCUGAGGAAAAUUACAGCAAUCACGAACUUGGCAGACAAGUUAACUUAAGUGAAUCUGGGCCUAACGCAAGGCAAACAUUUGUGGAGGAUCCUGAGCUUGCCCAUGUAGUUUCAUUGUCCCUGAAGACAGCAGAACAAGAAAAAGCACGGCGCGUACAAGAAGCGAUAAGCGAGGACCUUGGACAAAUAGAGUACAUUUUGACAGACAAAACAUGCACCUUGACUGAAAAUAAGAUGAUAUUCAGAAGAUGUUGUAUUAAUGGAAUUUUCUAUGGAAAUGAGAGUGGAGAUGUAUUGAAAGAUGUAGAGCUCCUUAAUGCUGUUUCCAGUGGUUCUCCUGAUGCUGUACUAUUUCUUACAUGGCAAUAUCCGCAUAUGAUUUUCGUCAAUAAAAGUGGAAACAUUCUUGAAGCCAAGUUCAACACUACUAUACUUCAGUAUGAAGUCCUGGAGAUCUUAGAGUUCACUUCUGAUAGGAAAAUAAUGUCAGUAGUGUUGAAAGAUUGCCAAAAUGGAAAGAUCCUUCUCCUGUCAAAGGGAGCAGAUGAGGCUAUUCUUCCAUAUGCUCGUGCUGGGCAGCAAACUCGUCACUUCAUUAAAGCUGUGGAACAAUAUGCUCACUUGGGAUUACGUACACUAUGUUUGGUUUGGCACGAGUUAAAGAAAGAUGAAUAUCAAGAUUGGUCUUUGAUGUUUAAAGAAGCUAGUAGCACUUUGGUUGAUAGGGAGUGGAGAGUAGCUGAGAUCGCUUACAGGAUGGAGUUCCUGAAACAAUAG